AGUCUCAAAAAGUCUAAAACCUUAACGAGCGAAUGGAGGAGCAAAACGCCGGCGACGUUCAAAAACGAGAUUGAGGAUCAGACCAUCAGAGGAUCCGAAGCCCGUCCGGCGGCGCAGUUCUUUUCCGAUCAUUAAUCUAAUUAAGCUUCAAAAGCUUCGCAAAUUCCAAAAGCUUUCACAUAAAAGACUAAAACCCGCGCUAAACCCUCUCUCUUUGCCUCUUUCUUCUCAUCUCAUCAUAACGCGUGUCCUUCUGACUCUCUCUUCCUCCUCCUCUCUUUCUUCUCUUUUCUCCUUACCGUGGUCCCAUAUCGAACUAAAUCUCUCGAUUCCGAAAGCUCGCAUUCCUAAAUCCAUCGGUUUUUUCACUUCAUUUUAAAUCUUUCCGUGCUGGUUUGGAUGGGCUAUGGCCGAACCUCCAUUACCUGCUGUGAAAGAGAACAACUUGUGGAAGGGUGUCUUCGCUGUCGUUGGGAUCAUAACCACCCUUGUUAUCUAUGGUGUCUUACAGGAAAAGAUCAUGAGAGUUCCUUAUGGGGAAAACAAAGAAUUUUUUAAAUACUCAUUGUUUCUUGUCUUCUGCAACCGCAUUACGACAUCUGCUGUGUCUGCAGGAGCUUUACUGGCAAGCAAAAAGGCCUUGGACCCUGUUGCUCCAAUUUAUAAGUAUUGCCUAAUAUCAGUAUCAAACAUACUGACCACAACAUGCCAGUAUGAGGCCCUGAAGUAUGUCAGUUUUCCAGUUCAAACACUUGCAAAGUGUGCCAAGAUGAUACCUGUAAUGGUUUGGGGCACAAUCAUUAUGCAGAAAAGAUAUAAGGGACAAGACUAUUUAUUGGCAGUCCUUGUGACACUGGGUUGUUCCAUAUUUAUUCUAUAUCCGACAACAGCUGACAUUAGUCCAUACAACAGAGGAAGGGAAAGCACAGUUUGGGGCGUUUCUUUAAUGGCUGGCUAUCUCGGGUACCAAUCCAAAAUACAUUAUCCUUGAAUUUGGCAGCUGAAA